AUGAAAGUACUCGGUUUUGAAUUCGCACCGCUCGAAGUACCUUUCGAGCGGCGGAAGCAAACAGCAGGCGUAGCUAUUUGGAUGUGGAUUUUCAUGGCUUUGACUCCUAUGACGUUGACCAUUUUAAUCGGACUUCUUUUCACAUCGUAUUGGUGGAUUACAUUGGCCUAUGCCACGUACUACUUUUUUGACCGUGACAUUUGCAACCGAGGAGGUCGAAGGAGUGAAUGGGUUCGAAAUUGGUGGUGCUGGAAAUCCAUGGCGGACUACUUCCCUAUUACCUUGGUGAAAACGACUGAAUUAUCCCCUGACGAAAACUAUAUUUUUGGCUGUCAUCCGCACGGAAUUCUGCCUGCUGGGGCAUUCACGUGUUUUGCAACGGAGGCUUGCAACUUUUCCAAAGUUUUCCCUGGAAUCAAACCUACGUUGCUGAGUCUUCAUGGCAACUUCUUAUCUCCGGGAUUCCGGGACAUAUUUCUCAUGGCCAGUGCUGCAUCUGCGUCUGGAGCAAGCAUAAACCAUUUAUUGGGAAGAUACGGUGCUAAAGGUGAAGCAAUUUGCCUCGUGAUUGGUGGUGCUGCUGAAUCGCUUUACUGUCGUCCCUCGGACGUCAUUAAGAUUAUUCUCAAGCCUCGUAAGGGCUUCAUCAAAAUGGCUCUUCGUCAUGGGGCUUCACUGGUUCCAGUUUUCUCCUUCGGUGAAACCGAGGUUUAUGACCAAUUUGAUAAUCCAGAAGGUUCAAUUGUGAGAUGGGUCCAAGAGAAGUUCCGCAAGCGUUUUGGUCUUGCUCCUCCAUUAUUUCACGGUCGAGGAAUCUUUCAAUAUACCUUCGGUUUACUUCCUCACAGAAAACCGAUUAGUGUCGUCGUUGGGGGCCCGAUUAAAGUUGUCAAGAAAGAAGAUUUCACGCGUCAGGAUGUUGACGAAAUUCAUGCCGACUAUACCAAAGCAUUGGCAGAACUCUUUGAAGCUCACAAAGAGAAGUAUUUUCCGAACAGAAAUUUGAAACUUGAGAUACUCUGAGAUGAGGAACUUUUUGGCUGUAUUCCUGAGAAAAUUUGAAAUUCCUGUGUCGGACAGUAGUUCAAGCAACGUUGAUGCUAGACUUGAUAUGGUAUUCUUUUCUGGUUGUGACUUCCUACCUUUUCGGUAAUAGGGAGCUUUCUGAUUAUGGGUGGCGAUGCCAAACUUCGUGUUGUUAUAAAGGACUUUCGGGUACUGUUCAUAGAGUAUUAUUGUUAUCUGCAAAGCUUUUUCU